AUUUGGGCGAUGUGGGCGGCCGUUGUUCGAGUCCAACCUUGGGAACAAGAAGAAGCAAUGCCACUGUGACGGUGGGAUGGUUAAGGUAUAUGAAGAUGGUGGUGGCGCUUUUCCCACCCUUCGGGCUUCAUCCGUUGCGAUGGCCUGGUCAUUGGCAUGACUUGAUGGUUGACUGAUAUCGUUGUUGUUCACGAUUUACCUACUGACUGUUUACUUCCUGUGAUACCCCUUUUCGUCGAGUUUUUUGGACACUACUGGUUUUGCUGGAAGAAAGAGUGGAAAGAAAAGAAGGGCAAGAUGGUUUAUCAAGGGAAAAGGCACCAGAGAAUCGAUGGCCCGGUCAACUUGCUGUCCCUGGACGGUGGAGGAGUUCGUGGGUUAUCGGAGGUGGUGAUGCUUCACAAGAUCAUGAAGAGGGUGCAGGAAAUUGAAGGCUUCAAGGAAUUGCCAAAGCCAUGCGAGUACUUCCACAUUAUGGGCGGCACCAGUACUGGAGGACUGGUGGCAAUCUUGCUCGGUAGGUUACGCAUGACCACCGAAGAAGCUCUGGAAAAGUAUUACGACCUGGGCAAAGUCAUCUUCCACAAGAGCAACAAAAAGAAGGUCGAAAUCAGCGCGAAGUACGGACCAGAGGCACUCGAAACAGCAGUUAAAAAGCUCGUCCAAGAGCGAAACAGUAGCGAGCUCAUGUACGACCCGACUGACGAGCCGACUACCGGCAAAGCGUUCGUUUGCGCCGUAACGUCCGCAAAGAUUGGUGCUCCGCAACGGUUCCGCACUUACGCUUCCAAGGACAAGAAAUACAGCAACUGCAAGAUCUGGGAAGCAGCACGAGCGACCUCGGCGGCGCCAACAUUCUUCGCUCCGAUGACCAUCAGCCACGAUGACGUACCGGAAGAAUUCCUCGAUGGUGCGAUAGGGUAUAACAACCCCAUAACCGAAGUGUUGAACGAGGCGGGCAUAUCUUUGGAUCCAACCCUCAAGCUGGGAUGUAUUCUGAGCCUUGGCUGCGGCACCAAGGCGGACAAGACCCUCAGGAGAUCUGGUCGGUGGUUCGGCCAGGGUCUUAGUUGGGGCUGGCGAAUGGGUAAAGUGAUGAAGGACAGUUUGACGGACCCUGAUCCCAAGCACAUCGAUGUUGCCAGAUUCCUCGACGGGUGGAACGAAACAUACUUUCGCUUCAGCGUUCCUGGUGCGGCCGAUGCGGUCAAACUACCAGAGUACAAGAAGAUGAAGAUGUUGGAGAAGAUGACGGAAAAGUAUAUGGAUAUCCCUGAAGUCGCAGAUCAGAUCGAAAAGGUUGCUCGGAUACUUGCAGAAAGGAAAUCAGAAGGGGCGUGGAUUGGUUUGGUCUGUCAGCUGGAAAAGAGUGCGGUGGCCAUGUCGCUACAAGCUCGUCCUAUGGGAUUGUCUAGCAACUUCUUCACUGGAAGGGUUGACAUUCUCAGGAAUAUGGCGAAAGUGCUGCUUUCAGACCCAGAUGGGCGUAGCCAGCGGCGCCGGGAAUAUCUUCUCUGGGGCAUGGGCGGUAUUGGAAAGACCCAAAUCGCCCUGAGGUUUGCCGAGAUUUACGGAGACAGGUUUGAACACGUCUUCUGGCUUGAUGCCACCAACAAACACACAGUACAGCAAAGCUACCACAAUAUUGCGCUAAAACUUGGGAUACAAACAGACAAAAUCGAAGAAUCUCAGGCGGUGGUCCUGAACUGGAUGAAUGCCUCCAAUGGCAGAUGGCUCCUCAUCUUCGACAAUUACGCACACAAGGGCGACGAGUACGGGCAGUACAACAACAUUGUCCCUAACAGAGGUAAUUUGCUGUACUCUAGCAGAGCCAACACACUCCUUCAAAGGCUAGGUCCAGAGGCUGUCUCGGAAGUCCGGGAGAUGGACGAGAAAGAAGCCACCACCUUCUUUGUCAAAACUCUCCACCGCACGAUUGUGGAUCCGGAAGAGCAACAGCAGUGUACGGCUCUAGUCAAGGAGUUGGGAUGCCUGCCAUUGGCAAUUGACCAAGCCGGUGCCAACAUCCACAUGACAGAGCGCAACAUUGAAGACUACCUUACGGAGUUCCGAAAGAGGCGGGACAAAUUGCUGAGGGAGAGACAGGGGUCAACGACAGGCACUGACAUGGAAGGUGAUCCGGCUGUAUAUGUCACCUUUGACUUGUCGUAUCUCGCCCUCCGCAGACAAUCCCGAAGGAUUAACGAAGAUCAACACGCACGCGACUACGAAACAGCCAUGAAGAUCCUCAACAUCAUUUGUUUCUACCACUACGAUAACAUACCCGAAGAGAUGAUCAUGAGAGCGGCCAACUGGCGAGGCGAGCAGCUCGAGGGGAAUGAAAUGCCCAUGGAUGAGCAACUCGGGGGUGACACCGAGCGGAACGCCAAUAUUCUCAUUGAACUCGACGAGGACGGAAGGUGGGAUCCGACCUGGUUCCGCCGCGGUGCAAACAUCCUCAAACAGUUUUCUCUCGUGAGGAUAGACCGACAUCGGUCGCUAUCCAUGCACGUGCUAGUUCACUCCUGGGCCAGAGACAGACUGGACACCUCAGCCAAAGACCAAUAUGGAUUCACCGAGAAGGAAUCCUACGCGCUCUCCGCUCGAUGCAUUCUCUUUGAAUCUAUACCCGAAAGAUCUCGCCCGGAAGAGUUCAGCUACCGGACCAAACUGAUCCCGCACGGCCUCGCACUAAACGAACACGCACCUCCGACAGCUGUCGGCGAUAUGUACCGUGAAGCUUAUUACGACAAGCUCUGGGCCCGCGCCAAUGAAGACGUUGGCAACUGGGAAGAAGCAGAGAAGUUUUUAAUCUCCUCUAUCGAACGAUACAAGCAGGUGGGCUGGCUGGACGAAGGACGAGCCCUCGGAGCCAUAGACCAACUAGGCGACUUCUACGUCAAGCGUCAAGACUGGCACAAGGCCCACAUGAUGCGCGUUGAGGCCUACGAGCGAUACAGAUACAUUUGCCUCAAAAAGAACAAGGUCUCUUACGUUCGCGACGAUGGGAAGGUCCUCGAGACUGAUUCCGAAGAAUACAUUACACCCAAAGAAGCGGGAGAUUACUGCGAGCCCGUGAUUCUCGCCCUCCGCCGUCUAGCCGAUCUCUUUAAGGAAGUCGGAUACCCCGAAGGUCGACUCGAAGCCCUCAAAAAAGCCGACGAGAUGACCUGGGAAAGCGGCAUCAAGUCUGACCAUGAAUAUUUCCAGCCCUGUGGCGACCAAAUAAUCGAAACAGAGUACUGGAUAAAGAGGGCCCAAAACCCCAAGGCCGCCGCGAACAUGACCUGGGAAGAACAAGAUAAACAGUUCAAUGAGAUUGAGAAGAAGAAGGCGGAUUACCGCAAGAAACACAACCUCGUCGAGGAAAAAACGGACAUUGACAGACAGGAAGCCUACCGCAAGGAGGUCCUCUCUUCCACCACGCUCUCCUUCCAGGAGAGGACUGACCUCUUAUGGGCCCAUUACGACGAAAUCAAAAACAUCUACGGCGACGACGACGUCAUGACACUAAUCGCCUCGGAAUCCUUAGCCAAACUUGGUUUCGAGUUCCAAGUAUCCUCAUCCUCAUCCCCAUCAUCCCCUUCCUAUACCAAACCGCAACUACAACCGCCACCUCUCCUCCUUCCCUGCCCCCUCCUCGUACACCGCCACGCCCUCUCCCUCGCAUCCAAAAAGUACGGCAAAACCCACUCCCACACGCUCGUCUCCCUCGAACGCCACGGCCUCACCCUCUUCAAACUGAACCGUCUCCGCGAAGCCUUGGAACUCUCCAUCGUCUUCAAGGACCUGGUCACCGCCAACCACAGCGCCAACCACGACUACUCUGUCAUCGCCGCCCAGCGCGUCAAAACCAUUCUCCAAGUUGGCGAUCCGCGGUUUGAUGAUCACCGGAUCAAGGGCGUGGGCGGGUGUUUCGCGGGGUGCACGGCGCAAAGCCACCGGGAGACCGCAACGAAACUGGGAGUGAGGGAUUGGCUGGAUGCAAAAGGGGAAGUGGUGGAAGUUGUGGGCGAGCUGGAAAGGGGGUAUAUAGAGAUGAUGAGGGAGACGAGGCAGAAUAGGGAGGAUUUGGAGUUGGCGGAGGGGGUGUGGGGGAAGAAGGAGGAGGAGGGGAGGAGAGGGGUGGCGAUGGGGGAGGAAGAGGUGGUGAUGAUGAUGCAAGCUAUGAAUUGAUUUAGUCUGGAUUGUAAGGAUGAUGGUGGGCUAAUACGUCGGUGUUCUUUGUAGGAAGUUGGUUCUUAUUAUUGUGUUGGUGAUGAGGAGAUGGAGGGAGAGGGUUUGGGGGAGAGGGGGUUGAUACUACCUCUAGGUAGAGGUAGGUUCACUACCUAAACCGUUCAAAUCGCACUGGCGCUGCUACAGUGAAACUUGUUGCUACUGGUCAAGAGAAUUAUCAAAUAUAUGACUGGA